AUUUGAAGUGUAGUUCUCCGAAACCCAGAACUCUCACAAAUGGUCGAAGAGUUGUUCAAGGUAGGAAAUUCAACGAAACGGUGACUUUCACAUGUGAUCCAGGAUUCACGCUAUCUGGUUCAAGCAUAAGAACGUGCCGUGGUCUAGGAACCUGGGACGGAGUUGAACCAAAAUGUGGUGAGUUACGUGAAGUACGAUUUGUUUGUUUGUUUGUUACAGCAUGGAUCAAAAAAUUGAAAAAACUGGACAGAUGGUUUCAGCGUAUUGAUAGCAUCUCAACCUUGUUGAAAAUUAUAACAUCACUAUUAGUGAUGUUUAUAUAAUUAUAACAUCGGUAUUAGUGAUGUUAUAAAGCGCACUGACUACGACUAUGGCAUCAGCAUUUUGAUGACGAAUCGUUGCGAAUUAUGGCAUGGCAGUGGUUACGCUUUUUUUGCUGAGUCGACCUUCUGUGUGUCUUUAUUCUGUGAUGCAGCUACGUAUUUUAGUCAGAAAACGCAAGAAUACAGCCAUGCCACUCUACGAUAGAAUGUCUAAAUAUUCUUCACACAUUCUCAGGGAACAUUUCAAACAUUAGAGAGUAAAGUACGCGUCAAAAAAUUUAAUUUUGAAUGCUUUGCCGUGGUACAGGCAGGUUUAAAAGCCAAUGAAACCAUUUCCAAUCUAAUAUAGCUGCAGUACUUGAACACGAAAAAUGUAGGUCCAAAAAUUUCUGGGAACUAGGUUCCUAGUUCCGAUAAUUUUCCUCAUCUGGAGCUAUCCAUAAUCAAUGAAGUUGGUUUUGAAAUCGUCUCACCGAGUAAUUUGGUAUUUUCGGUUAAUUGUUCUUUAAAAACUGCAGAUUUAGCAAAAUAAUGAAAUUUGCAAACUGAUUCAUCCGUGUGUAAACCUUUGUUUGUGAACAUGAAAAUUUUCCAGGAAAAAAUUGUCGUGAUCCUGGGGUUGGCAACAACACCUUACGACGUGAACCGAUUAGAAACAGUGGAUUUAUGACGUCAGAGGUCUUACACUAUUAUUGCAUUGCCGGGUAUCUUAUUGAUGGAAAGGAUAGCAUUACAUGUCAAGCGGAUGGAACGUGGGCUGGCAGUACACCUCAAUGUUACCGUAUGUAUGAGUUUUUUCUAGCCUGCAUAGAAGACGGGGAGAAGCUGUAACAAUUAAUAGCUUCCAUUUCAAAGUUUAUUUAACUUAAACUACUGAGAAAUAUAAUAUUUUGGUUUCAUUUUAUAGCCAGAAAUUACGGACAUGCAUCAUUCUACUACUUCUUUAGUAAUUUGCAUGCCACGCUGCAGUACUAAUAUGGCUUAAAAAGUAAACAGUGAAUUAUAUAAAGCUAUAAAGCGACAUUGUCAAUCGCAAAAUCUGAGAAUAUAACUUGCCUCGCUCACUGGUUGCAAACCAAAAUCUGUCGAAAUAUUUAGUGUAACACGUUGGCUUGAUUUCAGUCACUGCCUUUUCUGCAUUUUCAAUAUUUGUACAAAGGUUAGUUUUUACGACAUUUGUCCAUAUCUUUAGGCCUGGUUUCCAUAUGUUCGUAGCAGUCGUAAAGAUUGAGUCACAAUCUUUCUCAUCAGCCGACAUACAACAUUGUAGAAAUGAAAAUACGCUGAGUGAUUAUAACUAGAGAAUACUUAUGAUUUAUAUGUGGUUUACAGGUAUAAACUAGUAUUAACUGGCGGUUGGGAAAGAUCGUGACUUUAUUUUUACGACCAUUACGACCAUAUGGAAACCAUAUAUAAAAGUGUUGGGAAAGCAUUAAAAACAGCUGAUCAAGGUCGAAUGACUGCCAACUCUCAUGCACUCUCAUUCUCGUUUAAUUAAUCUGAGCUUUACUGUGAUUUUCCUCUUGGUAUAGGCAUCUCGUGCCAACCACCAACCCUUCCUGCCAAUUCUGAAGUGUUAAGCUCAGUUUGGUUUAACACAUCACAAGGAGCAAGGGAUGGAAGAAAAUUACUUUUAAGAUGCAAUCCAGGAUAUUAUAAAGUUGCCACUUCCUCACUGAUGACUUGUUCUGGUGAUCAGUGGCAACUGCCAACGUCGUUUAAAUACACGUAA